GACACACGCCUUGCCUGGCACUGGUUGGGUUGUUCGGUACAUUGGGCAGAGUGCGGCAGCUGUCCUGGAUUGUUUUGGUGCCUAGGUUGGCAGCAUGUGUCUGGGUGUUAAAAAGCAGAAUUAAAACACCUCCUGCUCACUGUUCAAGGAAGUCAAGCAGAGCUGCUUGAUUUAAGAAGGGCCCAGGUUUUGAAAAUUUGCCUGAGACACUGUAAAACUAUUCUCCUGUGAGCCACCACCUUAUCUUUGACACUCCCAGUAAGGGAACAGCAACCACUUGCCAACUGGAAGGGUAUUUCAUUUUGCACUUCAAUGUGAGGUGGAAUCAUAACUGGAAACUCCCUGUGGAAAUAACCAGGAAUAAGUGCUGCUGUUAAAGAUCUUUACAUCCAUUGUGCUGGUCAAUCUAAAAAAGAGAUUAAUCAGAAUCAUAAAAAAUGUGCACUGUUUCUGAUACCAAAGAUAACAAAGAGGCCAGCCCUCCUCCUGCCAAUUCAUGCAGCCUAAAGGACCUAUGCACAAAGUUCACAUCUAUUUGUAGACUUUGUUGCAAUAGUUUUGUAAUCUUCAUACUGGUCUGUCACAAGUAACCUGAACCUUUGAAAGUGUGAAACCUCCUGGGGAACAGUUUGGUCAGUUUGCUGGGUAGUUCUAGGAAUAGAAUAUCCAGAAAUGGAGUAUCAGCAUCAUAAAAAUCAUCACUGAGUAAACAGGAAGGAGCUUUAGGAAGAGGCAGGGGAGACUGAACACCUACCAGAACAUGUGGAUAAUUCUCUUUGUGAGGAAAAUUAAGAGCAACAGAUAAGGGAAAGGAGCAGGAUGUCCAGAAAAUCAUGAGAGCAUUGAAUGAAUGCCUGGCUGCUCUGCCCCAGCAGCAGCUUCAGCAAGUCACCCACAUUGGUAUUUCUGGACAAAUGCAUGGGGUUGUGUUUUGGAAAAGUGAUAAAGGGUGCAGGUGGUCAGAGGGUGGCACAGGCCCUGCCUUUGAGCCAGACAAGGUGAGCCCCCUGGUCACCUGGCAGGACGGGCGCUGCAGCCCCACCUUCCUCGCUUCCCUUCCUCUGCCUCAGUCACACGUGAGCCUGGCUACAGGACUGGGAUGUGCCACAGUCUUCUGGUAUGCAAAGAACAGUCCAGAUUUUCUGAAGGCUUGUGAUGCAGCUGGCACCAUCCAGGACUACGUGGUUGCCAUGUUGUGUGACCUGAAGAAGCCACUGAUGUCUGUCCAGAAUGCUGCCAGCUGGGGAUAUUUCAACUGCAGAAACAAGAGCUGGAAUACUGACAUACUGCAAAAAUCUGGCUUUCCUGUCCACUUGCUUCCAGAGGUGGGAGACCCUGACAGUAUUGCAGGCAGGACAAGCUGUGCAUGGCAUGGAAUACCCAAAGGAGCAAAAGUGGGAAUUGCUCUGGGAGAUUUCCAGUGCUCUGUUUAUUCCUGUCUGACUGAGAGGACUGAUGCAGUUCUUAAUAUCAGCACCUCUGCUCAGCUGACCAUCUCAAUGCCCCUGGGUUUCCAGCCUCCAGAGGUACCAGAUCCUUCCUCAGCUGUCACUUACUUUCCCUACUUCAAUGGUGACUACUUGGCAGUGGCAGCAUCACUCAACGGAGGGAAUGUGCUUGCAACAUUUGUGGGAAUGCUGGCACAGUGGGCACAAGAGCUGGGAUUUCAGAUUCAGGAAUCUGCCAUCUACCCAAGGAUAAUCCAAGCAGCCUUGGCCCAAAAACACAGCAAGCUCUCAGUGCACCCAACCCUGUUUGGAGAGAGACACCUCCCUGAGCUGCUGGCAUCAGUGAGCAGCAUUGGUGCCUCUGAGCUGUCCCUGGGCCAUGUCACCAGAGCCCUGUGCCGUGGCCUGGUGGAGAACCUGUGCUCCAUGUUACCUGUGCAGCACCUGGAGGAGCUGGGGGUCAGCAGGGUCCUGGGCAGUGGCAGUGCCCUUGCCAGGAACGAGGUGCUGAGGCAGGAAGUGGAGAGGAUUUUUCCAUUCCCUGUGGUUUAUGGGAAGGAUGUGGAUGCUGCUGUGGGGGCAGCUAUGGUGAUGUUCCAUAGUAAAUAAAGUCAUUAUUUGAAAUGGCCUGA